AUGCUUCUCUUGCAUUCAUAUGCAUUUUCUGAUACUCUAUUUUUUUGUUAUUUCCCUCUUUAUUCAUAUCUUAUAAACUCCAAUUUCUUGAUUUUUUUUUUAAAAACUUCUUCCAAUAAAACUCACAAAAUUUUGAUACUUUUUGAUACAAUUGUCCUCUAUUCUACUAAGAAUUCAAUUUAUUUUAUCAAUAUUAUUUUCUUCUUUUGUUACUGUUAA